AUGUAUCAAGGCUGUAUAGACUCCCUGCAGCUCUCUCUCAAUGUCUUUGAAGAGGAGGUUUCCCCUGAGCAGCAGCACUGUGAGCAGGAAUGGAGCCCCAGUCUGGGGCAAGAGGACCCAGAGCCCACACAGAUUAAAGAGGAACCGGAGGAAUUCAGGACCGAUAAUCAAAAAAAUGCCUACAGUCACAACCCAGCCAUGAGCAGCCACCCAGUAGGACUUGACAGCAGACCACCACUGAAUCCCAACCCGACAUCAGAUCUCAACCGGUCAAUGGGGAAACACGGUUCCAAACCCAGCAUCAUGUCUAGAAAGACUCACCGCUGUGGUGACUGUGGUGAAACUUUCCCUCUGAAAGCUGAUCAUCAGAGGCAUGUGACUCGGGCCAAAAAGAGACUCAGUGAAUGCUGCUACUGCAAGAAUCGCUGUAACUCCAACUGUAAACUGAAGGCCCAUGUCCAACUCUGUCACGGUGGGAAACCCUGUACCUGCCCUGUCUGUGGCAAGACCAUCAAAAACAAAGGAGAUCUGUCCAGGCAUAAGAGGAUUCACAAAGGAGACAGCAGAGGGAGCCUUCCCCCCGUCCACAUCGACGGGGCCACAGUGGAGAAGGUGAAAAGAUUCAAGUUCAUCGGCGUACCCAUCACUGACAAUCAAAUGGUCCACCCAAACAGACAGGCUGAAGAAAUGUAG